AAAUGUUUUCAUGAAAUUUUUAGAUAUCGGGCAGUAGGCAAUGCGGCUGAGGUUGUGAUCCGUUGCAGUGAUAGAAUCUAGUGCUCACCAGUUAAUAGUUUUAAUUAUUUUAUUUUUAAGUUAAGACAUUUGUUAAAAUUUUAAAGUAAUUAUAAAAAUAUGCAGGAAAAGUUACCAAGUCAAUCAAAUUAUAGACAAAAAUGAAUAAGGAUACGGAGCCUCGCGGGGCGCCGGCCGCGAGGAGGAGCUGCUACUGAAGGAGAACGUACUGGAGAGAGGCGUAGUGCCCGUUUGGGUCGUGUGCAUGGCGGCGUGCCUCACCGCCGGGACUCUGUUGGCCGCGGGGGCCGUCGACCGUCUCUGCCGGAGCCUUUGCCGCGAGAAUGCGCCGGCGCAGCUGUUCAGCGCCGAGAGGGCCUACGAGCACCUCAUUAACCUGACGUCCAUCGGCCCUCGGGUGGCGGGCAGCUAUGAGAACGAGGUGUUGGCCGUCCGGGAGCUGGUGUCGGCAGCCCGCUCUGUGGCCGCCGCCGCCAGCCCACACAACCUCGUUGACUACGACGUGUUCACCGCCAGCGGUGCCUUCUCGCUCACCUUCCUCGACGGCAUGACUAACAUCUAUCGAGACGUUCAGAGCGUCGUGAUUCGGAUCAGAGGCGCGGGGGAGGCGAGCGGCCCGGGGAGGGGGUCUGCGCGAGCACCCGCCGCUCUACUCAUCAACUGCCACUUCGACACCGUGCCUGACAGUCCUGGGGCCAGCGACGACGGCGCGGGCUGUGCAGUGGCGCUGGAGACGGCCCGGGCCCUCGCCGCCGCGCCGAGGCCGCUGAGACAUCGCGUGCUGGUGUUGUUGAAUGGUGCGGAGGAGAACAUCCUGCAAGCGAGCCACGCCUUCGUCACCAGCCACGCCUGGGCGCGAGGAGCGCGGGCCUUCAUCAACAUCGAGGCGUGUGGCGCCGGGGGCCGUGAGGUGCUGUUUCAGGCCGGCCCGCACGACCCCUGGAUAGUGGAGGUGUACGCGGGGGCGGUGCCGCACCCCUUCGCCUCUUCGCUGGCGCAGGAGCUGUUCGAGAGCGGCCUCAUCCCCGCAGACACCGACUUCCGUAUAUUCCGAGAUUUCGGGAACAUGUCCGGCGUGGAUCUCGCGUGGAGCAGCAACGGGUACGUGUACCACACGCGGCUGGACACGGCCGACCGCGUGCCGCUUCCCGCCCUCCAGCGCACUGGAGACAACGUGCUCGCCCUCGCUCACGGGUUGCUGAGCAGCGAGCGACUGGAGCAAGAGACGGAACGUGAACGCCAGCCCGUGUUCUUCGACGUGGUGGGUGUGGUGGUGGUGGCGGCCCGCGCCACGCUCGCCGCAUCCGUCGCCGUGGCCGUGUUGCUGCUCACCGUGCUGGCAUUAGUGCUAUCGGCCAGGGACGCCGCCAGGGAACUGUACAUGCCGGCGCGCUUGUGGCUCAAGUUGGUGUUCUUGAUGGCGUGGCGGGCCGUUCUGUGUACGGCGGCCGGGGUCGCCGCGUCGGCGGGGGUGGCUCUGGUGCUGCACGUGCUCGGCGCGAGGAUGUCUUUUUACGCACAGCCGGCGCUACUUGUGCCGCUGUAUGCUUUGCCCGCGCUGGCGGGGUCGUGGGCGGAUGCUCGUCUGGCCGGUGGAUCGCGUCGCGGGCCGGCGGGGUUGCUCCGUGGCUGGGUGGCGUGGCGCGCCUGGAGAGACGCGCUGGCGCUGCUGACCGCGUCGUCGCUGGCGCUGCUGGGAGCGCUCGGCCUGCGCUCCGCCUUCUUGCCGGCUCUCUGGACUCUCCCCGCGCUCUCGUCGCUACCGUUCCGUCUGGCAGCGGGCACGUCUCCACCGCCGCAGACCGCCGCCGCACUCCACGCCGCGGGCUCGACCCUGCCGGCCCUGCAGACGGCGUAUCUGGCGCUCAACUCCAUCAACAUGUUCGUGCCCAUCAUGGGUCGCGCCGGCACGGCCUUCUUGCCGGCAGACGUGAUGAUGUCCGUGGUGGUGUCGUCCCUGACCCUGCUCACCUUCAGUUGGAUGCUGCCACUCGUGGUCGCCGCGAAGAGACUCAACGUUUUGCUGUACGCGGUGCUGGCCGCCAGCUGUGUGGGCGCCUUGUACUCGCUCAGUCCCUUGGGCGCGCCGUACAGUGAGACGCGCCCCCAGCGUCUGAUGGUGUUCCACACUCGUCGCUCGUACACUCCUCUGGGCGCCGGCGACCCCGUCUCCUUGGAGGACUUCUUCUGGAUGCCGGAGUUGGACGUCAACACGCCACACUCAAUGGACAAAUACAUCGAGGGCGUGUCCGCGGCGCGCGUCACGGCGGCCGAGGAGUGUUCGCGCUGGGCCUACUGCGGCGCACCUUACUUUCUGCCCGUGCUGUCGCGCGUAUCGCGAGGAUACUCCAUGCCGGCGCCGGAGCCCCCCCUGCCGCGGCUGCGGGUGGCUUCGCGCCUGCUGGUCGCGGACGGUGACCCCGGCAGCCGCACGUUGCAGCUGGACCUGUCGGGCACACAACACGCCGUGCUGGUGUUGGCACCGGCGGAGGGGGUGAGGGUCACGCGCUGCUCCGAACUGAACGGGCCGCCGCGGGAGGGACCGGCGUGGGGCGCGCGACGCACCUACUUCGUAACCCUGCACCAUGCGCGCGACCCGCACACCUGGCGCCUGGAGUGCGUCCUCGAGGGCCGGCCGAUGGCGGAGGGCUGGGUGCAGGUGUCUGCGGCGGGUCACGCCAUGUUCGGUCCGCGGCGCCUGUCGGACUCCCACUCCCGGCUCCUGCAGGCCGCGCCGCCGCACGUGGCGGUCACCGGCUGGGGAGUCGACCUCCACAUCCUGGACCUGUAGCGCACGAAGGCGGCGGAAACCUAGACACGCGAGCGUGACGCGAUGUUGCACAAUAUUUAGUUGUUUGUUUAAGGAGCACACGAAACAAACGAUACAUUUCACGUUCCCUCGGCACCGUCGGGGCGCGAGCUCGUUGUAACGACUCGAGUUCAAAAUUAGAGGAAAUAAUAUUUGAAAACCGUUUUGAAGUCUGUUUGUCUCGUCACAGAGCGCGGGAGGGGAAUGGACCUGUUACUGUGAUGUAAUAUUAUAUUUCUGUUUUUCAAUUAUAAAUAGCAACAUUUUAUAAAA